UUAGAUGGAACAUAUGAAAGUGAGAAUUUUAUUCAUCAACAUCCAUUGCUGGUUGCUGAGCUUGGAAGCAGUGUGAUUUUACCCUGCUCUCACUCAGACAACUUUAUCAAUUCUGUUUCAUGGUAUAAACAUUCCAGAACUGGAACUGGCUCUUUUAAUUUGACCAUCAUACACUUGGAAGAAUAUGAUUUUGCAACCUACUAUUGUGCUGUGAGCUUCUUGAACAUUAUUAAAUUUGGAGAAGGAACGAUUCUUCUACAUAAAGAGAGUGACGGAAUAAGAAGCACCACUGUUCUCCAGCAGCCUGUAUCUGACAGACUUCAUCCAGGAGAUUCAGUGACUCUGCAGUGUUCGGUCAUCAGUCAGAUCUGUGCAGGAGAAUACAGCGUCUACUGGUUCAGACAUUCAUCAGGACAUUCUUAUCCAGGACUCAUUUACACCCGUGAUAACAGGAGUGAUCAGUGUAUGGAGAGAUCAGAGAACGGCUCUUCUACCCAGAGCUGUAUCUUCAGUCUCUCUCAGACUGAACUCAGACCAUCUGAUGCUGGGAUUUAUUACUGUGCUGUUGCCACAUGUGGGAAAAUACACUUUGGAAAUGGAACUAAGUUAAUUAUUGAAGCUUUGACCUUUUUGAAUCCAGUUGUUUUAACUCUGUUCACAAUCAGUAUAUUAUCCAUUUUUGUGAACAUAUUUCUGGUGAGACUGAUUCACAAGAAUCACAAAAAAGAAGCUUCAAAACAACCCAGAAAUCAAAGGAAUCAGACUGAUGAAACAGAUGCCUUAAAUUAUGCAGCCCUGAGUUUUUCCAAAAAGCCUAACAGCUCAAAAAGAUCUUCACAGAAAACCAGCCAAGAAGAAACUGUUUAUUCACAGAUUACAAAGCAAUGA